AUGGCACUCCCAGAACCUACAGUGCGUAUUAGAGAGAACAAGAAAGAUAGGGUCAAUUUCGUACUCGAAAACGUCGAUCUUUCAUUUGCCAAUUCUAUACGACGUGUUAUGAUGGCCGAUGUACCCACUCUUGCCAUCGACAUUGUUGAGCUCGAGAUGAACACAUCUGUCUUACCCGACGAAUUCAUCGCCCAUCGACUCGGAAUGGUACCAUUAAUCAGUACGAACUGCGAAGAAGCAAUACGCUACAACAGAGAUUGUACAUGCGAGGUCCACUGCGACUUUUGUACAGUAUCGCUAAUGCUGGACGUGACAUGCGGAGAGGAUGGAAACCUCGAUGUCACGAGUAAUCACUUGGAUGUCAUUCCAGUCAAUUAUACUUUGCUCAACGAUGGAGAGGGCGGAGAGGAAAUCAAUAAACGACCAGAGAAAUUUGGUUGCCCUGUCGGACAAGGUGAACCAGGCGUGCAUCCAGUAUUAAUAUGUAAAAUGCGACCAGGACAACAAAUCAAAGCUAGGUGUAUUGCGAAAAAGGGAAUUGCGAAGGAACACGCCAAAUGGUCACCCUGUUCAGCAGUUGCGUUUGAGUAUGAUCCAUACAACAAGUUACGACAUACCUCGUACUGGUUUGAAGAGGACGAGAAGGCCGAAUGGCCUUUGAGCGAGAAUGCCAGAGAGGAGGAACCUCCACGAGAAGACGAGUCGUUUGACUAUAAUGCAAAACCGGAAAAGUUUUACUUUGAUGUUGAGACUGUCGGUAGUUUGACACCGCAGGAAGUUGUCUUAAGAGUAAGUCCAGAUUAUUUAAGGGCAUACGUGGAUAAUAAAAUUAACGGCUUCAUAGGGCAUUACUGA